UGGUCUUAUGCUAAUAACGUGUUUGAAUGUGAAAUUUCCCCUGACAAAGGGGGAAAGAUGUGAGGGGGGAUGGUGGAGAGGCAGGAGCAGGAGAGGGAGUAAAAUUGGACAACCCGCGAGACUUUGGUGGGCGUGGCCACGAGGCGGGCUUCCUGCUCGGGGAGCACGUGGUUCCGUGUCUGCCUCCUGCUGUCUGUCACUGUGUGAAGGUUUCCAGCCCUUCUUCGCUCCUCUCCCCUGUUAUCCUCCCGUGCAACACAGCAGACCUUCUCCUCUUUUUGUACUCCGUCCCACCCGCACCUCCUCCUCCUCCUCCUCCUCUUCCUCCUUCUUCUCCUCCUCGUGCUGCACUUUCUCUUUGCGCCGCUCCCGGGACCAGGGACAGCCAGGCCGCGCUCACUUCAGCGUGUAUCCGCUCCAACAGAGAGGGAGAGUGUGUGUAUGUGUGUGUGUGUGAGUGUGUGAAAGUGUGUGUGUGACAGAGAGAGAGUGUGUGUGUGAGUGCGUGUGCGCGCACCCGGCCGCAACCGGUCCAUCCGUGUUCUCUCUCCCACUAUCCCGCCUCGUUUUUUCGGUCAUGACGCUGGAAGCGAUCCGCUACCGGGCCGGGUCCCUGCAGAUCCUGAACCAGCUGCUGCUGCCACACCAGACCUCUUACGAUGAGAUCCGCUCGGUGCAGGACGCCUACGAGGCCAUCAAGUCCAUGAAGGUGCGGGGCGCCCCGGCCAUCGCCAUCGUGGGCUGCCUCAGCCUGGCGGUGGAGUUGCGGGCGGGCGCCGGGGGCGACGACCCCGUGACCUUCAUCAGGGAGUCUCUGUGUCACCUGACCUCGGCCCGGCCCACCGCCGUCAACAUGGGCCGCGCCGCCCGCGAGCUGAUGGAGUUUGCUGAGAACGAGAGCAUGGAGAAGAACUCGGAGCAGCUCAGAGAAAGUGUAAUUGCCUGGAUCGAAGACAUGCUGGAGCGUGACGUCAAUGACAACAGGAAGAUCGGUAACUAUGGCGCCCAGCACAUCCUGUCUGGCGUUCCCAGGGACUCCGUGACCAUCCUGACACACUGCAACACCGGCUCGCUGGCCACCGCUGGAUACGGGACCGCUCUGGGUGUGGUGCGGAGCCUCCACACGCUGGGCCGGCUGAAGCGCGUCUACUGCACGGAGACGAGGCCGUACAACCAGGGCUCCAGACUGACGGCGUAUGAGGCGGUCGCAGAGGGAAUCCCUGCUACGCUCAUCACAGACAGCAUGGCGGCGCUCACCAUGAGAGAAAUGGACAUCACAGCUGUGGUGGUGGGUGCAGACCGGGUGGUUGCCAACGGCGACACGGCCAACAAGGUGGGCACAUACCAGCUGGCCAUCGCCGCAAAGCACCAUGGGAUUCCCUUCUACGUGGCCGCGCCCAGCACGUCCUGCGACCUGAGCCUGGAGAGCGGCCGUGACAUCAUCAUCGAGGUGCGCCCCCCGGAGGAGCUCACCAGCAUCAACGGAGUCCCCAUCGCCGCCCCGGGUAUCGAGGUGUGGAACCCGGCGUUCGAUGUGACUCCUCACCAGCUGAUCACAGGAGGCAUCAUCACAGAGCUGGGAGUCUUCCUCCCCUCCGAGCUGCAGGCGGCGCUCACCGGCCGCCUCACCGCCCUCUAGAGCCGCUCGGUGCCCUCUAGAGGCGCUCAACGCCCUCUAGAGCGCUCGGCGCCCUCUAGAGCCGCCCGGCGCCCUCUAGAGCCGCUCGGUGCCCUCUAGAGGCGCUCGACGCCCUCUAGAGCGCUCGGCGCCCUCUACAGUCGCUCGGCGCCCUCUAGAGCCGCUCGGCUCGGCGCCCCCUGCUGGUCCGUGUGCACCACUGCACCUUAACGUCACACACUCAAAGACACUCAUCUCAUCACAGAAAAACACACACACGCUCAUAGUUGUGGUUUCAUUUCAUCUCUGUAGACGCACAGUCACUGUUCCAUGUCAGUGGUGCACACAGAAGAAGAAGAAAAGUUCUUCACACACACACACACACACACACACACACACACACACACACACACACACACCUUCACUGCAGGGAGUCCAGCAGACAGUGUGCAGUCUCCCGUUCUGUUACGUCCAUCUUUGUUUGUUUUCUGUGGUCUUUCCAUUCCACCUUUCCCUCAGUUCUCCAUCUUUCAUCUUUCAUCUCUCCUGUCGCUUCUUUCUUGAUGGUUUCCACGACAACGAAUAGCGCUCAGCUGGACUCAAUCCCAUAAAUUCUAUUUGGCAAAAAAAAAAGAGAUAAUUGUUUUAGGGCUUCUUCAACUACAGACAAAAUCUUCCAAAUGACUGAUUUUUUGUUUUUUUGAAGUAGUGGUUUUUCUUAGCCAUGGUUUCUAAAAUGCUGCUACCCACUUGUAAAUAAACAUAUUCUUGCUGGUAGUGUGUACAUAUGUAGAAAACUAACCCCUGCUAGUGAAAGGCACUGCUAUUUUAACCAAAUGUGUGGUUUUCUGAAGUUAAAUUUGACAUCAAAAAUGUUAUAUUAACAUUUAUUUUGUUCUGCGUAGAAACCUUUUUGUAGAGGAAUAAUCCAAAUUUAUAAUCCAUAAAUUUCACAACCAGAUUUUUAGUGAUAUGAACAAUCAUUUCGCUCUCACUUUUUAAACCUGCGCGGCCAAAUUUGGAAUUUCGUGAGCGGUCGUCGUCAGUCAGCUGAAGCCUAUGACAAUACAUGGCUGUGUUUAUACCUCACUCCUUGUUUGUAUUUCACUAUUCCCAGUUAUAAUGUAUCAUACCACACUUGUAUUCUCAUAAUGUACUUAUAUAUGUAGCCAUACUUAUUUCAGCACCAUACAGUUAUUCAACGUACUGCACAGGACGCUCUGUAAGAAUGAAAAACCUAAAAAAAAAACAGAAAAAAAAACGGAAAUUGUCAUUUUUGCCAUGACGGCUUUUGCUGUGAUGUCAGAGGUCUGUUAUGCUGUUGUAUUUCUGUAAUACAGGCAUCACCAUUAAAGGAAUAGUUCACCCCAAAAUGAAAGUUUGGUCAUCUGCUCACUUGCAUGUCAGUCAAAACUUUACUGAUGUUUGUGAAACCACAAAAUAGAUAUAUAACUUCAGGCUCUUUUUUUUUUUUUUUUAGAGCCUAGAAAAUUGUUUUUUUGUUGUUUUUUUUAAAUCAAAUGAUAACCUAAUAUCUUGAAAUUUUCUAAUGCACUUUGCUCGUCUCUGAAGGUUGUUUUUCAGCAGAACAAUACAAGAAAAGCUAAAUAUUGGACUUUAAAGCUGCAUUAAUCAAUAUUUUAUAUCAACAUUACAUUAGAUUUGUGAAAAGUGUCACUCACAAAAAAAAAAUCACUAAAUUCUUCAGCUUCAGUUUGUUUUUUGCUUGUUUCCACUCAUUGUUUCGGUGUUACAGCCCAGAAUGUUACUGGUUUAAUUCAUUCAACUUUAAGUCUUACAAUAAGCUGUUUUCAGUGAAAAAGCUCCAUUAAACCCACUGUGUACUGCUGCUGGGCACCAAACAUCAGACGGACACAGUAAGCAACAUCGUUUAUCCAAAAUGAGUUGGUGGAGACCAAAACGGAGCUAAAUUGAGAGAAUUUGGGGCAGUGAGACCCAAACAUAACUCCAAAUGAGUGAUUAUGUUGCUGUGUUUGAAUAACAAUAACCCUAUUCACAGCUUCUAACAGUAAUAUGUCAAUGCUGUGUUUACACCUUGUUAUGAAAGCAGAAUUUGACACUGCAGGUAUCUGUGUUUAGAGAAAUAAAGGCUUGUAUUUCUUUUAAUAAAAAUAUGAUUUUAACUUCUCAGAAGUCUAAGAGGGACUUAUGAUGCCGAGUCGUGUGGCCUUGCACACUUUGAAAUUAAUUGAAAACUUAAUGUGGGGAUGAGCAAUAGAUGACUUCUUGUCUUUAUUUUGAGGUGAACUAUUCCUUUAACUCGGAGGGUCUUAUCCACACUGCACCAACAAUCAGAAUGUAAUAUUCAACUCAGAUGAAUUUGCAGACACUCGGCCACUUCUCGCCUUUGUGCUCUGUUCAGAAUGUGUUUCCACUGUUUCCCUAUAGUCAGG